AUGCGAACGCGAGAAUUCAAUAUAUAAAAUUAGUCAAAAAAGGUAUAAAUAGGCUUUGAUCUGUAACAGAGAACAUUCAGGUAGUUAAGCGCGACAGAUAACUACGAAAAUGCGUCAGUUUUUGGUACUUUGUCUGUCGCUGACAGUUGCUUUAGCAGCUGAAUUCCCUAGUUUCAGGGCAGCUCCCAGACGUGUAACCGCUACAGCAACUGCUACGGCGAGACCUUAUAAUAGUAAUAAUAACGCUGGUCAAUACAACCCAGGAGCGUACAACCCAGGCCAGUACAACUCUGGAGCCUACGAUAACUCAGGUCGUUACGAUCCCAGCCGUGACCAGUCUGGCCGCUAUGUACCUGACAAUUCUGGCGCUUACAACGGAGACCGUGGUGACCGCGGCACUGGUGGCGGUUACUACACUGGCUCCAGCGACGCCGGCGGCCCUGGUGGUGCUUACGUCCAUCAGGCUAACCCCUACGUAGGAGGAGCAGGAUCUGCGGGACGUGCCGGUGGCUCUGCUGUAGGCGCCUCAGCAUCAGCGUCCUCAGUAUUUGGUGGUGCGGGUGCAGGCGCACGCCCAAGUUCAGGAGCGGGAGCAGGAGCAGGUGUGGGAUCAAGCGCGAGGGUGGGCGUGGGAGCGGGCGCGGGAGCUCGUGGAAGCGGAGCAUCAUCGUACUCAUCAGCCUCAUCUGGCGGUAACUACGAUUACAAAUACGGCAUCAUCCGUAAAGAAGAGGACGUACUCCCCGAUGGUUAUCACUACCUGUACGAAACUGAAAACAAAAUUCUCGCUGAAGAGAACGGCAAAGUCGAAAGGAUCGAUAACGAAAACGACGGUAUCAGAGUCAAAGGAUUCUAUGAAUACGUAGGUCCCGAUGGUGUGACGUACAGAGUGGACUAUACUGCUGACGAAAACGGAUUCGUUCCUGUCGGCGCCCACUUACCUUAAAUCUAGUUUGAAAAUUUGCUGUAAUGAUAAGUAUAUCUGUUGUAAUAAAAUUCUUCCCGAUCUAUUAAUGUAUUUUUAUUAGUUAUAGUUAAUAAAAUAUAAUAAAAGGCUUUGUGUUCUAUAUAAAUGGUAUUUUAUUACUUGUAGUACGAAAAAAUUUAAGCUUAUAAAAGAAAGACAACUUUUGAAAUAGAAGAAGGAAUUAAAAUUGAAGAUAAUUCGAUGGUAUUUUAGUGUGUGAAUUACAUUAUAAUAUAUACUUAUUCGCCAAUUUAGAGGGCCUAUCAAUAAAUGUUUUCCGAAAUUUCGGAACCGAACGAAACACAAAUUUGAUGUUAUAAUUAUACGAGUAUAAUACU